ACUUUUCAGACAGAAUCAGUAAAAGCAGAAGAGUUGGCUAUGAGUCAGGAGAAUUUGAGAUUCUUGGAGAGGGCUGUGGAGUGAAGGAGACGCCUCAGCAGAAGUAUCAGCGCCUAGUGAAUGAGAUCCAGGAACUCACGCAGGAGGUGGACACCAUCCAGGCUGCCACAAAGGAAAGUAAUGCAGAGGAGCGCCUCACUCCAGUGGUGCUGGCCCAGCAGGCAGCCCAGCUCAAACAGCAGCUGGUUUCAGCCCAUCUCGACUCACUGCUUGGACCACAGGCACACAUCAACCUGGCUGACCCAGAUGGCGCACUGGCCAGGCGUCUGCUCACCCAGCUGGAAGCCGCUAAGGGCAGCCGUGGCAGCUCUGCAGGAGACGGCAAGCCGACAGCAUUAACUAAGGGCCCAGAUGGAGUGGUACUCUACGAGUUACACAGCAGACCAGAGCAGGAGAAAUUUAAUGAGUCUGCCAAGAUGGCGGAAGUGGAGAAGCGUCUAGCUGAGCUGGAGAUGGCUGUUGGCUCAGGAUCAGACAAGCAGGGACCUCUGAGUGCUGGUGCUCAAGGAACCAGUUUGAUGGACACCAUAGAGCUCCUGCAGGCAAGGGUCAGUGCUCUGGACUCUGCUACUCUGGAUCAAGUGGAGGCAAGACUGCAGAGUGUCCUCGGGAAGAUGAAUGAGAUUGCUAAACACAAGGCAGCGAUUGAAGACGCUGAAACACAAAACAAGGUGUCAAAGUUGUAUGAUGUGGUGCAGAAGUGGGAUGCCAUGUCCACUUCCAUACCUCAGGUGGUGCAGAGGCUCGUUGCUGUGAAGGAGCUCCAUGAGCAAGCCAUGCAGUUUGGCCAGCUGCUGACACACCUGGAUACCACUCAGCAGAUGAUCAACAACUCCCUGAAGGACAAUAAUACCCUGCUAACACAGGUUCAGCAAACGAUGAAGGAAAAUCUUGUGGCUAUAGAGGAGAACUUUGCUGCACUAGACCAGAGGAUGAAGAAGCUUUCAAAAUAAACGGUGGCAGAGUUUGGAUUGGUCCCGAAGAGUGUAGGACAUGGACAAUUUGGAGUUGACUAGAGAGCACAGUAAAGGGGGGGGGGGGGUGUCCUGGUUUAACGCUGUCCUUUCUGGCCACUUUUCUCUUGCGCUCUACUUCCGCCUCUGCCUUUUUUCAUUAAGUGAAAUGCUAGAAAGUUGGAAAUGAUGGAAAAACAAAAACAAAAGGAGACGGAUGUUCUUGUCCACCCUCUUUUCCUUUUCCUUUCUCUUGCAUCAAACUGUUGUCAUCUGAAACCACAUUUGUCCACACUAUUCAUGCAGCUGAUUGCAGUCGUCCCCCCCAAGCUUAUGAGUUUUAGAGGCCGGGUUGUUUUUAUAAUUAUUAGAUUAGAAAAUUCUACCAUUCCUUUUGGACCUUCAUGCGAUUACUGGAUUUGUACUGUAAAUUUUUGGUAAAAUGAAAUGGAUGAAAAGAAAAACGGUGUAAAGCGGUGUAGAAAUAAAGAUCUAUUGUCCUAAGUUGUUGUAGCUGAAGCACGUAUGUGCGAGCAUCAGGGCCGUGUCACCGAAGGACAGCUUGUAAAUAUGCCUGUGUACCUUAUUGUUUCUUCACGCUCAGUCGCUUGUAACUAUAUUAUUAUGACUGAGACAGCAGACACCACAGACAAACUUUUAAUCUGCUUUGUCAUUGCCUACAAGUUCACUGUAUUGUUCAUCUGUGGUCAUGGAAACUGAUCAAUAAAACAGUGCUGUAA